AUGACUCCUCGUCAGAGCGGAGUCGCCCCUAUGCCAGCGGAAGACACGAUGGAAAUCGCAAACGUCCGGUUUCCGUCUCUGUGCUCGGCCGACCGCUACACCGUCCAGAUCACGACCACGAAUGGCACGACGCCCAUCCGAAUUGAACUCAGCUCGACCAAGACUCAAGCGCACUGGCAUGUCCCCACACAUAUGUCCAUUAUCUCUGAACAACGUGGUAGGAUGUGCAACAUUUGGGACUUGAGCAACCACACUCCAUCCGAAGCCCUGUACGUACUUCCGACCAACGUCGUCGCCACUACCCUCAAGCGCGCUCUUCGCAGCUGCAGGGACUUGGAUACCAACCAGGACAACGACUACACGAUCGAUUUGGUGCAUCCUGUGAACCGAUCUUCGUAUUUGGUGCUCAUGUUGGCCGCAUUUGGAGGAUUCACGGCCACGUACACGUUCGAGUUGACGCUCCUAGAGGUGCCCUCCAAAAGGCUGAGUGCCCUGUCCACGAGUGAGGUGACGGAGGCCCUUCAAUCGCAAGUGCGUGCUCUCAAACAAGAGCUGCAAGUGCUGCAAAAGGACUUUCUGCAAGCCCAACAGCCGCAUCGAACGAGCCCAACCACUUCCCCCCUUCCAUACCUCCCUCCGUCGCCCAUGCUGCAUGUAGCCACGACCCUCUCGACAGCGAUGGACGACCCCGUGCGAUGGACCGUCCACACCAGCGUCCCCCCCGCCCUGUUUACGCUUGGCCAACAUGCCACCUCUAUCGUGGUGCUUAAGACUGGCCUGUACCAUGUCCAAGCCCGCGCAAACAAGAACCGCCGCGUGCAUCUGCAUGUCCGAGCUAAUGGGAGGCACAUGGUAGAUCCAUCCCCGUGUCAUUUUUUCACCAAGAAAACGUCGCUGGAGUUUGUCAGCCGCUCCACCAACCACGCCCCCGCCGAAGUGCGCAUCGUGGCAGUCCACGUCUUUGACUAG